AUUUGCCUGUUUACAGUUGCUGCCCUUGAGUGCCCAGAUUGUACAAAUUAUCCAGCACCUGGGCAAAAGAGUUGCGAUAGCAAACCAGUCCCGACUAUCACAUGUGGUCCUGAAUUUGAUCGAUGUAUGACGGUAGAGGGUAAAAUCCAAGGACUGGAGGUUGUUUACAAGAACUGCUCCAACAGCUUUUUGUGUGACCCGGACAGCCCCUACUACAGUAAGUAAUCAGCAAUAAGAAGCAUUGAGCAAUUAAAUGCAAUUUAACACCGAUUUAAAACAUGAUGUUUCGAUAACUUUAAGAUUUGGGGAUAGUUAGUGGUUUUAUAUAACUGAAAAGAAGUAAGUUGAAGCGGAAAAUGUAAGAAAUAAAACAACUCACUAGUAAAGAGAAUACUACGAAAAUAGAGGAAGGACUCAGUGAUACUUUUUAGAACAGUUGUAGGCAUUUGUGGAAAUGUUUUAUCGAAAGGGUAUUGUUAUCAAAUAUUUUUUCAUCAUAAUUCCACUCAACGACUCCGGUUGUUUGUAACCACGUGGGUCAAUCUUAUUGGAGCACUGAACUGAAAGGGAACUACUCAUGAUGGAUGUCUGCACACGUGGUAAAAUCUGAAUUCGUUUCUUUAUAAGGCUUCGUUUGUUUGCGGCCGUGAGAGGGUACUCAAAAAAGUCUUAUACGGAAGGCUCCACCCCGAGUUCCAACCCCUUACCCUUUUAAUUGCCAUUUUUGACAGAAAAGCGCCUUUCGUAUACCCUUUAUUGACAAAUUGUACAUCUUUCCGGCAAACCUAGUUUACAACUUUGAAUCCCUUUUAAUCGCUGUAAAUGCGCUGUCCUUUAAUUAUGAGUAAAUCACCAGAACGUUUCCUCUACUUUUUCAUAGCCAUGAAAUGCAUCUGUUAACCAGUUUUGGAGUUUCUUACAAAACGAAAUGACUGAUUUCCCAACCCUUUCAUAUACUUCAAAAAGCCUCAACCUUCCCUGCCCCCUCGUAUAUCUGAAGUCUGAAAAAGGUACCCCUUUCGGGCGGAGGCCCCUGUGUAUAGGCCAUUAUAGGGAGUACGUAUCCCCGGGGGUUUGUUGCCGUAUUAACAAAUCAAUUCUUUAUGUUUUAUAGUCUGUAAGCUGCUGAACAAGACUGGCUCCAUUUCCUCAUGUUCAGUAACCUGU